UUAAAAAUACGCAGAAACCAGCUUGAGUUCUUUACUGUGAGUCUGUGGCAUAAAAUACUCCGUACUACCUGUAUUUAGUACUCCCCUGAAAAUAAACCUUGCUCUGCAUAAUCUCAAGUUCUUAACAUUUCAAUGACAUCAAUAAUCCCUUUGUAUAAAUUGAAUUUCUUCCCUUCUUGUACCCGAAAACCUUGUUAAUUCCCGCUAUCAACUCAAGCUUCAAUCUUUACUUAUGCUCUCGAACUCGACUUUGAAUAUCCAACAAACUAUUAACCCCCAUCUCGCUUUCUUCAAUUGCUGAAGAAAUCAGCGACAAAAGAGAGCAAUUUGAGAGUUUUGGGGGCAAAUUUGAAGUGGGAUUUCGUGAUGCAAGUUAAUUAGUCCGACAUUGACCAUACCCUACAAUUUUCUCCCAUUUUUUACUUCAAAAAUUACCCACAAAUUGUUUAUUUUGAUUGAAAAAAUAGGGAUGAGCAUAGUACAAAAGGAGACGAUUGAGGUGAUUGCUCAGAGCAUUGGCAUCAAUAAUUUAUCCCCAGAUGUUGCUCUCGCUCUUGCUCCAGAUGUCGAAUACCGCGUUCGAGAGAUUAUGCAGGAGGCGAUCAAAUGCAUGCGACACUCAAAGCGCACAAUUUUAACAGCAGAUGAUGUCGAUGCUGCCCUCAAGUUGAGAAAUGUAGAGCCAAUCUAUGGUUUUGCCUCAAAUGAUCCUUUGCGUUUCAAGAGAGCUGCUGGACAGAAGGAUUUGUUCUAUGUUAAUGACCUUGAUCUAGAUUUGAAAAAUGUUACUGAAGCACCAGUGCCAAGAGCGCCCUUGGAUACCUCCGUUUCGGUGCAUUGGCUAGCCAUAGAAGGGGUACAGCCUGCCAUUCCCGAGAAUCCUCCAAUUGAAACUCUUAUGGCUUCAUCUGAUAGCAAUAAAUUAGAGUAUAAAGAAGAAGGAAUCCCUAUUGACAUUAAGCUACCAGUCAAACAUGUCUUAUCUCGAGAGCUUCAGCUUUAUUUUGACAAAAUUAUUGAGGUCACUACACGCAAGUCUGACACUGUCCUCUUUAAAGAAGCUUUGCGGAACUUGGCAACUAAUUCAGGACUUCAUCCUCUGUUACCUUACUUCACAUGCUUCAUUGCUGGUGAGGUUUCUCGGAAUUUGAAUAAGUUAAGUCUCCUAUCUGGAUUGACGCGUCUUGUUUGGAGUCUUCUCCAAAACCCACAUAUACAUAUAGAGCCUUAUGUGCACCAGCUCAUGCCUUCUGUCAUUACUUGUCUGGUAGCGAAGAGGUUAGGAAACAGAUAUUCUGACAACCAUUGGGAGCUGAGAGACCUUAGUGCAAAUCUAGUUGCCAGAAUAUGUCAAAGAUUUGGGCAUGUUUAUCACAAUCUCCAGCCGCGAAUUACCAGGACACUGCUCCAUGCUUUUUUGGAUCCAAAAAAAGCCCUGCCUCAACAUUAUGGUGCUAUUCAAGGACUUGCUGCCCUUGGACCUAGUGUGGUUCGUAUGCUCAUUCUCCCAAAUCUAGAACCAUAUAUGCAACUUUUGGGGCCAGAAAUGCAACUAGAAGGGCAAAAGAACGAGUUUAAAAGGCAGGAAGCUUGGCGGGUUUAUGGGGCCUUAUUGUUUGCUGCUGGUAAAUGCAUGCAUGAUCAGCUGAAAAAAUUUCCAAGUUUACCGCUUCCGUUGGCAAGACCUUUCUUGAAGCCCUGUAAAAAUAUUGUGACCAUGCAACCGGGCAAGAGAAAGGCUAGCAUGGACAACAUGCUACAACAACCACCACUGAAGAAAUUAUCGACGAAUGGUGCAAUGGGAGUGGUGGCGGGUGCAAUGGGAGUGGUGGCGGUGAACUCCAUGCAAGGGGUUGCCGUUGGUGGAUCUGAUGGUGGCCUUUGCUCUGAAAACAUCCCAGGAAGCAGUGGUAGAAGGGAUAAAACAGAUGUUCAAUCUCAAACACUUGCUCUGGCCUGGAAAGAAGAGACAGACGGUGGCCGUCUGUUAUCCUCCCUCUUUGAACACUUUGACCUUAGCAUGUUUUCUUUCACUCCAGCUCCUGAACUAUCCUUAUUUUUGUAGGAUUUUAUUCUAAUUCUGUAAAUUAACUGAUAUGGCAUUCAGUGUAUAUUAUCACCCAAUGCCAAAAUCCAUAAAUUCAAUUCAAAGCUGACAAACAUGUUCAUGGUUCUUGUCAUACUAGUUCAUCUGUAGCAGGAGGCAAGAGACGUUAUCUGCGAUUCUAUACAGUGAAUGAUUCACGAUGUACAAAAACUAUUUACAAAGUUGUCAACAAGUAACUUGUUUUUUUGUGUCUAA